CAGUGAGUCCACAACUACCCAGUCCCAGACACAACCAGCGAGACGUCAACAACAGAGAGCUGGUUACUGAUGCUGGUGAAUUGUGAGAGUAAUUACAUUGUAACGACUCGUGUUCAAGGUUAUUACUUUGUAUCAGCUACGUUCGUUUUGCUUCAAGAUGUUUGGCUUUCACAAGCCGAAGAUGUACCGGAGUUUAGACGGCUGUUGCAUCUGCCGCGCCAAGUCCUCCAGCUCGCGCUUCACGGAUAGCAAGCGGUACGAGAAGGACUUCACGAGCUGUUUCGGAUUGUGUGAAACUCGGUCUGGUGAAAUCUGCAAUGCCUGUGUACUCCUUGUGAAACGAUGGAAGAAACUCCCAGUGGGGUCUAAGAAAAGCUGGAAUCAUGUGGUUGAUGCCCGAGGAGGCCCCAGCCUAAAGAUGUCUUCCAGGCCAAAGAAGCUGAAGUCCCUCUCCAAGAGAGCCAGGCCAAGCCAGAUCAGCCGACUGCAGAAAGAGCUGAAGAGAAACAACUCCGAUGCCCACAGCACCACGUCCAGUGCCUCGCCGGCCCAGUCUCCCAGCUACAGCAACCCCUCAGACGAGGGCACCGACACAGAGCUCUCCCCUGGCUCCAGCCGUUCCCCUGUCUUCUCAUUCCUGGACCUCACUUACUGGAAGAGGCAGAGGGUGUGUUGUGGGAUCAUCUACAAGGGCCGGUUUGGGGAGGUGCUCAUCGACCCCCACCUCUUCAAGCCCUGCUGCCGCAAGAAACAGCAACGGCAGCGGCAGGAGGAGGAGGAGGAGGAGGAAGGGUACGAGGAAGAAGAGGUGGAGGUGGUAGAAGUGACGGAGGAGGAAGAGGAGGUGAAGAGGUCAAACAGCCAGAAGAGCUUAGAGACUCCUCAGCUACAGGUCACCAUGACAACGCCUCAGACCGUAGAGGAGGUUGAGGAGGGAGACUGGUGACGCUGCACCACAGUGUGCAUCUUUGAGGAAGCCUUGGGAGUGCUCCUGGUUUACAAGCGCUUACAAAGAUGAGUUAGGUCGGAUUUCCUUCAGUCAACGAGCAGCUGAAACCCAUUUGGACUUUUUUUUCAGUACUUUUGUUUGUUAGUUUGGUAACUUGUGGACUGACUGAGCCAUCAGGUCUUGUACUUGGUAUUCUCCUUGUCCUGGGUUCAUGUUCAUUAGGCCGGGCAUGCAACGGAAAAUGAGCUUUUCUUAUUGGGCAAGUCAUGUAGUACCUACGUGUUGCAAUCUAUUUUCUUCUGUUUGGUUCCUAAUGAAUAUGACCCAUAUGUUCGAACACCUUUCUUGGUGUGUUUUUCUCCUUGACAUGAAAUGCUGUAGCUCUGACUGAUCACCAGCAUACCUUUUACAGGUUACAGUCGUACAGUAGCACUUGUAAUAUACUGAAACACAUUUGCAUUUAUACCAUUUUUUUUAUUGAUUCUGUAUAUGGGCCUGUAUAUAUUUAUAUAUCGGCCUCGAUUGAGAAAGGCCUAUUCACAGCACCAACAGCCAAUACACCACCAACAGCCAAUACACCAGCCUUAAUUUAGUGAGGGAAGGCAGUGCCAGUGUUUUGUCAGUGUUGGUACUAAGGGAUGAUAUUAAAGGGACAUUUCAAAAAGGUUCAACUUGAUAUUUAUUAUCUCCAGCAUCACCCCAACAUCAACAUAUUUAAAAAUGGGGGGGUUUCUAUGUUUUGCAGUCUAAAGGAUGCACACCAGAUGAUGUAAAAGAAAAUGGAUUCUGGAUGAAAAACAUUUGACAUCGUGAUUUUUUUUAAACCAACUAUGAGCAGGCAAAGGUUAGGAAACUAACUAUCUGAUCAUGUCACAAGUGUUUAUGGAUUAUGUCAUCAGAAACACUUUUCUUCCUCUGCCUCUAUCUUUAUGACUACACAACAUCGAAGCACGCUUUUUUUUUGCAUUUGUUGAGGUGGCACUGGAGAUGAUGAAUAUGAAGUAGAAAAUUGUGAAAUGUCCCUAUUGAGACAUAAUAGUUAGUGCAAGUUUGAGUUUUCUCCUGCUUAUUAUAUGUUAAUGGAGGCCUAAGGCUUUCAAAAUGAAGAGAAGCAACACAGUGAGUUUUGCAUGAAUGCUGAUGAAAAUAACCCCUCAUCCAAAAUAUCUGUAGAUCAGAUGCAUAAGUCUAAUAAGCUAUUGCAUGGCCUUAAAAGCAUAACUACAAUUUUUGUGGAAGUCUUGUUCGUAUUUUCCAGACCUAAUGCCCCGAAGCCACAAGGUAUUUAUUUAAAAGGGGGAAAAAAUUUGCAGAAUUGUCUCAUCUGCUGUAUUAUACACCAGCAAAUACAAUAGUGACCAGUUCAGAUCAUGACCUAUUCCUUCUAGAGUUCUAGAGGCUGGAAAACUUUUAUACUUGAGUUUUUCUUGCUGUCAGUAAGGGACAGGAUGAUGUAAUUAACACAGACACACACGGUUUGUUCUUCUAUCCUCGUGGGGACCUAACAUUUAUUUCCAUUCCAAAUCCAAUUUACCUUAACCCUUACCGUAACCCUAAACCGAACCACUAACCCCUUACCAUAACUAAUUGUAACCCUAAACUUAACUCCUGAAUUUAAAAUAGCCUUUGUUUUCAUGGGGAUGUGGGAAGUGUCCCCAUGAUGGAGAAUUUCUGUUCUUUUACUAUCCUUUUGGGGAUUUUCAAUCCCCACAAGUAUAGAAGAACCAAUUCACACACAUAUAUACAUACACACAUACACACACAUCUACUGCAACAACCUAGACAUACAAUGUAAUGUAUACCAUUUAGCAGACACUUUUAUCCAAACCGACUUAGUAAUGCAUGCAUACAUUUCAUGUAAGGGUGGCCUCGGAAAUCAAACCCUCUAAGUGUUUUCUCUCCACAUGAGCACAACAUUCUAAGUCUGCACCCCUGUUGUCAAUAACAGUGUAUUGUUUUUUGAUUGUUUUGAGGAAACGGUUUGCGUAUUAUAGUGUUUUUUUUAAAUCUUUUUUUUUUUUUGCAGGACUUCCACAUAAUUUAAACCACAUUGCCUCUUGUGGUGCAGCAGGUGUUUCAGAUUUAAAUGGAAGGCCUACUUAUGAUACAUACAGUAUGUCAAUGCUAUUGAUCUUUAUUUAAUCAUUUUAUACUUUUGGGGACUUAUUAUCAUGUUCUAAACUUAGGAUUCCUCAUUCCUUGGUUAGUUAAGCAACCACGAUAUACUAGCAUACAUAUAUCAAACAACCAAAGCACAAUUAAAUUCAUUCAAUUUGAAAUGCAAAACUGAUCAUUUCAAUUUAUUUUGUAGGCUAUUAGUGGCAUAAAAAGGACACUAAAAUAUGUUCGUUUUUAAUGAGCCAUAACAUAGGGAGGAUUGUAUGUAUGUGUACAUAUUUAAAUGGAGGGUGACGGCUUUGUAGUUCAGUUUUUCUGUUAUUUAUUUCAUAUUUAUUGGUAUUACAGCAUUUCCCCCAUAUUACUGUAUUCUUAUUCUGGUUUCUCACUGUAAUAACUUAAAGAUGUUACAUUAAAAAUUUAGUUCUGUAAUAUGAUUAGCUUUAAUGUAGUUCUUAAGUAAGCAGUGUUCGAGUCAGAAAUUCACAAUUUAUAACAGUAUUUGUGAAAUAUUGGGAUCAAUACUUGUCUUUUUUUAAUCAACAUUAUCGUGUAGUAAUUUAUGUUAUAAACAAACAUUUGAUUGGACCUGUACCUCCAUAUCAGGUAUUUAGCCUGUUGAAAUAUGAAUUACAUUUUUUGACGUAUAUUAAAACUUUACUUUCCUCAUCUUUGCCCUGUGAUGUUGCAUAUAAUUUAACUCGAUUUAGCUUUACAUUUGUCAUUUAGCAGAUUCUCUUCACCAGAGCAAUUUACAAUUGUGCAUCUCUUAAAAAUAGCUUUAGUGCUACAUGCAUGUAUUGUAGCUAUGCACUUGCAUUUAUUUACCAAGUUAGCUCUAGACAUUUUGUAUUUUUAUACAUGAUGAUGUACUUUUUUUUACUAGUCUUUCAAUAAAAGUAAUUUUGUGA